AUGGUGUCACCGGGACGGAGUGAUUCUACCUCCGGCGAGAACAAUAACCCGCCCGACGGAAGCAGCGGCAAGAGAUCUCCAUCUUCUCCCGCAGAUAAAUCUCCAUCCAAACGCCAAAAGUUGGAAGAUGGCGGCGAUACACUACCUCCUUCGGAUUCUAGUAAAUGCGUGUUAGGCGACACUACUCCAACCUCUGGAGACUCCCAGAUUGAUGCCUCUGCGGCGGCUGCUACGACGUCGCAACCACCACCUGUUGCGCAAGCGAUUUUGCAAGAGAAGGCAAGUUUUGAAAGAUGGACAUAUGUACACAGUAGGUUUGAGAACCCGUGGUGUCGAUUGCUAUCACAGUCUGCACAGUAUCCAAGCAUAAACAUUUUUCUAUCAGUCUUCAAAUUCUUAGACGGAGAACUCAGUUCAUACUCGUUCAAGAUCACAAGAAUUCAGCGCAAAGGCAAUGUUUUAGCGGUUCUAGAGACCAUGGGAAACAAUGGACAUAUGUGGAUAAACGGAAAUUAUGCCGAGGGGAAUAUCAACCAUGUGCUAAACUCUGGUGACGAAGUGGUAUAUCAGCAAAUGCCUAUAGUUGCAGCAAAACCUGGUUCAGUUCAGGUUCCUGCAGGAAAGUUUCUAGACCUAGAGAGAAUGACAGGUCAUUCAAUUAUAUCAUCGCUUGAAAGAUUGAUCCAUGCAUCCAGUAAGAGCCACCAAGCGCCAGAGUCGAUGGUCCAAGUUGACGGCAUGGAAGGAAUUUUUUCUGUUAACAACCAAGAUUCCAAAAUGGAGAUAUUGGAUGAGAAAAACGAGGUGACAAGUAAUUCACAACAAGCUUCAACAUCAGGCAAUGGUCUGCAAUCUGCAAUAUUCAGAGAAGCCAUUCAAGCUGGUUUUGUUAGAGGCGAAAACAUGGAAGUUUCAUUCAAAAAUUUUCCCUAUUAUUUGAGUGAAUAUACAAAGGCUGCCUUAUUAUAUGCUUCAUAUAUACAUCUGAAGAAAAAAGAAUAUGUCCAAUUUGUCUCCGACAUGACCCCUAUGAAUCCAAGGAUAUUGCUUUCUGGUCCCGCAGGGUCUGAAAUAUACCAAGAGACGUUAGCUAAAGCACUUGCCCGUGACCUCGAGGCGAAAUUGCUAAUAUUUGACAGCUAUCCAAUUUUGGGGUUUACAAGAGGAAAGUUUUUGCAUCUACACUUAUUUGUCUAUUUUCCUGAUUACGGGUAUGAGAUUACUGCUCUGACUGCUAAGGAAGUUGAGUCACUGAGGGAUGGACUUGCUUCUAAUAAGUCAUGUAAGCUUCCCAAUCAGAGUAUUGAGCUCAUUGAUCAAGGGAAAAGCUCGGAUUUGUCAGCCGGUGGAGGAGUUGCUUCUAGCCUUUCUCCUGCUGCUUCUUCUGAUUCAGACUCACAGCUACAGUUGGAGCCGGAGACUUUACCUCGUUCAGUGAAUCAUACUUUGAAGAAAGGCAUGCCCCCAUUACAUUGUUUGCAACAGAAGAUUCUACUUCAAUCUUCUUGGAUUUCUGGUUUGCGGAUACUUCAUUUGGAAGAAAAAAACACUUGCAGGGGACCUCCUAAUGGGACUACAGGGAAAGUAAUUUUAGUGUUUGAUGAGAAUCCUUCAGCUAAAGUGGGUGUUAGAUUUGAUAAGCCAAUACCUGAUGGAGUUGAUCUUGGUGAACUAUGUGAAAGCGGACAUGGGUUCUUCUGCAAAGCUACUGAUCUUCCGUUCAAAAGCUCGAGUUUUAAGGAUCUAGUUAGAUUACUUGUUAACACAUUGUUUGAGGUUGUCCAUUCUGAGAGCAGAACUUGUCCGUUUAUUCUAUUUUUGAAAGAUGCUGAGAAAUCUGUUGCUGGAAACUUCGAUUUGUACUCUGCGUUCCAAAUCAGACUUGAAUAUCUCCCAGAAAACGUAAUUGUGAUCUGUUCACAGACACACUCAGAUCAUCUCAAGGUGAAGGAUAUUGGAAGACAAAAGAAGCAAGGGAAGGAAGUCCCACAUGCAACAGAACUUCUAGCGGAGCUCUUUGAGAAUAAAAUUACUAUUCAGAUGCCACAGGAUGAGAAACGUCUUACAUUGUGGAAGCAUCAAAUGGAUCGUGAUGCUGAGACUUCGAAAGUGAAGUCUAACUUCAAUCACUUGCGCAUGGUGUUGCGACGACGUGGUCUAGGAUGUGAAGGACUUGAGACGACGUGGUCUAGGAUGUGCCUGAAGGAUCUCACACUUCAAAGAGACAGUGUAGAAAAGAUCAUUGGAUGGGCUUUUGGUAACCAUAUAAGCAAAAAUCCUGAUACUGAUCCAGCUAAGGUUACUUUGUCUCGAGAGAGCAUAGAAUUUGGAAUAGGACUCUUACAGAAUGAUCUAAAAGGUUCUACGAGCUCAAAGAAGGACAUUGUGGUAGAAAAUGUGUUUGAGAAGAGGCUUCUAAGUGAUGUAAUUCUGCCCAGUGACAUUGAUGUUACAUUUGAUGACAUUGGGGCACUUGAGAAAGUCAAAGAUAUCUUAAAGGAACUGGUUAUGCUUCCUUUACAACGGCCUGAACUUUUCUGCAAGGGGGAAUUAACAAAGCCUUGUAAAGGAAUUCUUUUAUUUGGACCUCCUGGAACUGGAAAGACCAUGCUUGCAAAAGCAGUGGCAAAGGAAGCUGAUGCGAACUUCAUCAACAUCUCAAUGUCAAGCAUCACAUCUAAGUGGUUUGGUGAGGGUGAGAAGUAUGUCAAAGCUGUCUUUUCUUUGGCCAGUAAAAUGUCCCCUAGCGUUAUCUUUGUGGACGAGGUGGACAGCAUGCUAGGCCGAAGAGAACACCCACGUGAACAUGAAGCCUCGCGGAAGAUUAAAAAUGAGUUCAUGAUGCAUUGGGACGGUCUUACGACUCAGGAAAGGGAACGUGUUCUGGUCCUUGCAGCCACAAAUCGGCCUUUUGACCUUGAUGAGGCUGUUAUUAGACGGUUGCCCCGUAGGUUGAUGGUGGGACUACCAGAUACUUCAAAUAGAGCAUUUAUAUUAAAGGUUAUACUUGCAAAAGAAGACUUGUCCCCUGAUUUGGAUAUUGGUGAGAUUGCUAGUAUGACUAAUGGAUAUUCUGGAAGUGAUCUUAAGAAUCUAUGUGUUACUGCUGCCCACCGUCCAAUCAAGGAGAUAUUGGAGAAGGAAAAAAGAGAGCGAGAUGCUGCUCUGGCUCAAGGCAAAGUUCCUCCACCUCUAAGUGGAAGUUCUGAUCUCCGAGCUUUAAACGUGGAGGAUUUCAGAGACGCACAUAAGUGGGUGUCUGCGAGCGUCUCAUCAGAGUCUGCGACUAUGACAGCGCUUCAACAAUGGAACAAACUCCACGGGGAAGGUGGAUCCGGAAAGCAGCAAUCAUUCAGCUUCUACACGUAGGAGUAGGAUUGAAUAUAUUUUAGAAACCGUAACUGAAAUUUGGUCUUAAAAAGAGCUCCUGGUUGCAAGCAGAAUGCGUUGUAUAUAAUUUUUUCAGGUGAAUAGAAUAAAACAAUAAGUGAAAUAGGUUGAAUUAGACGUUUUGUAUCAUAUAGCUGCGUAAUUUUGAUACUUGUUUGAAAUUGAACCUUACAACAGUUA